GGGCAAUCCAGCGUCAUCCGUCGCCUAUCGGCGCCAUCCUGCAGUCUGAGACUCGACUUCUGUGACCUGCGAGGAUGCUGGGCCGUAUCUGGGCCGGGGAUACGGGCCUCGAGGAGCCUGGGCAGGCGUAGGGGAGAGUCGUGCUCGGUGCCCCACGCUCAGUACCCGGGAGCUGCCUUACCGGGCCCAGGCCGCAGCGCGGGCGGGCACCGGAGAGGCGGGAGCCCCGCGCGGUCAGCGGCGCCGGGGUCUCCCCGAAGUGGCUGAGGCGGCGGGAAGCGUUGGGCACGGGGACUGUCGUGGGCCGCGCAUUGCUGCGGUCGCGCUGGGCGCCAGCGAGGCUGGGGACUCGGCAGGAAGUACUGCUGGGGAGGCGGGCAGUUCGCUGGGAACUAACCUGGAGCUUCGGUGCCCGAGGGCUUCCCCUCCAUCACUCGGUUGAGCUUUAGGAAGCAGGUUGGAUCCCUGCCAACCUGCUUGGCGCUUGAAGCUUGAUUGGGAUUCCGUCCUCACUUUGCAGAAGUUGAUCAGAGUGUCUUGCAGUUUGUGCCCGUGCGGAGAGAGUCCGCUCUGGUGCACUGUUCGCCACGUGAGACACUUGCUGUUGGACACAAUGUUCUGUGGCGCAGAGACCGACGUUUUCUCUUUAACAGACACGGGCGUUGGGUGGAAAGUAGUAUCUUUUUGCUAAUUAGGACAAGACUACAUUGGGUUAGUGCACCAAUGGACAGUGUUAGUACAGGGGCUGCUGGGUUUCAGAAGUCAGGAGAACGUUGUCGGUGACUGUUGUCGGUGACUGCCGGCUCCCGUGCGGAAUAGCAGACGGACCGUGCCUGACAUUUUCGUGCAGCCAUCAUGGUGCGCAUGAAUGUCCUGGCUGAUGCUCUGAAGAGUAUCAACAAUGCCGAAAAGAGAGGCAAGCGCCAGGUUCUCAUCCGGCCGUGCUCCAAAGUCAUCGUCCGGUUUCUGACCGUGAUGAUGAAGCAUGGUUACAUUGGCGAAUUUGAAAUUAUUGAUGACCACAGAGCUGGGAAAAUUGUUGUGAACCUCACAGGCAGGUUGAACAAGUGUGGAGUAAUCAGCCCCAGAUUUGAUGUGCAACUAAAAGAUCUAGAAAAAUGGCAGAACAACUUGCUUCCGUCCCGCCAAUUUGGUUUCAUUGUACUGACAACUUCAGCGGGCAUCAUGGACCAUGAAGAAGCAAGACGAAAACACACAGGAGGGAAAAUCCUGGGAUUCUUUUUCUAGGGAUGUGAUACAUAUGUGGAAAUAAAAUGCCUCAAAGGAC